AUGGGAAACUCAAAAAGCAGCGCCAUGUCGAAGGAGAUCCUGGAGGAUCUGAAGCUAAACACCAAAUUCUCAGAGAACGAACUGGCCCAAUGGUACGAGAACUUCCAGAAGACAUGCCCCACCGGACGCAUCAGCCCAGACGAGUUCGAGGCCAUCUAUGCAAAAUUUUUCCCUGACAGUGACGCAAAGACAUACGCUCAGCAUGUCUUCCGCUCCUUUGACACCAACGAUGAUGGCACGCUGGAUUUCAAGGAGUAUAUCAUUGCCCUACAUAUGACCUCAAGUGGAAAGACACAGCGGAAACUAGAGUGGGCUUUCUCGCUGUUCGAUGUAGACAAGAAUGGCUAUAUCACAAAGUCGGAAGUGGGAGAGAUCUGCCAAGCCAUCUUCAAGUUGAUCCCCAAAGAAGAACAGGAAAAACUCCCAGCAGAUGAGAACACCCCGGAGAAGAGAGCACUAAAGCUGUGGUCAUAUUUCAACAAGAAGGACAAUGAACGCCUUGCGGAGGGUGAAUUCAUCCAAGGGGUGCUGGAGAAUGAAAAUGCAUUACGUCUCAUUCAAUACGAACCCAUGAAAUGAACACCACCUUUUCUUCCUACCGUCCUUCCCUCUGUGGUUCAGACAUGCCAUCACUUCCGCCAGCUUCUGCUUUUGCGUGCGUGUGUUCUCUCCCUCUCUCCAAACUCUUCUCAUUGUGUCCCUUUGUUUUGCUGUGACAGAUUUAUCAUCAGCUAUGCACAAGAGCCAAACCCUAGACAGUCAUUGCUUUUUACAUAAGUGCUGGUGUCAUAGGCAACAUAUUCACAGAGCAUAAUAGGUAUGAACCAAAUAAAAUGCAGUUGUGCUCGAUGCUGUUCCACUAAAGUCAUGUCAGGAUGUUUUACAUUCACUGUUUAAGGACAAGCCUGCUACACUUCAAGAUAUUGUCAUAUACAGUUGGAAACUAUGUAAUUUGAGGGUCAGUAAUACCUG